GCAAGAUGAUGCACGAUAUGAUCGGCAAAUUCGUCUUUGGGGCGAUGAGGGUCAAUCUAGUAUUGGGCAUGCUAGUGUCUGUGUAUUGAGUGCAUCUGCUUUGGGAUGUGAAGUUAUCAAAAGUUUGGUACUUGCUGGUAUUAAAUCUGUGUAUAUUAUCGAUUCUGCCUUCAUAUGCAAACCAGAUUUAGGCAAUAAUUUUUUUGUUGACGAUGAGGUCGAUCAACCGAGAGCGAAAGUUGCACUACGAUUGCUUAUGGAGCUAAAUCCAUCAGUGGAAGGAAGUUUCGAUUUCGGAAAUCCUGAAGAUAUCAUUACCAGAGACAUGGAUUUUAUAAGACAGUUUGCUGUUAUUGUUGGAUGCAAUUUGAAUAUUGACGUUGCUGCACGAAUAAAUGAUUUUUUAUUUGAGAAAAAUAUACCUUUUAUUCACGCAAGAGCAUAUGGUUUUAUUGGAUUUAUACGAAUUUCCGUUCAAGAACACACAAUUAUUGAUACACACGAAGAGAAUGUAUCACCUGAUUUAAGGCUUGACUGUCCGUUUCCGGCAUUAUCUGAAUUGGUAGAAUCGAUAGAUCUAAGUGGGAUGCCUUAUGAUGCGCAUUCCCACACACCAUAUUUAAUUUUAUUUUUGAAAGCGCUCGCGUUAUGGCGAGAGAAGUAUGGCCGAGAUGAUUUUCCGGAUAGUCGUGAAAAAAGAAAAACAUUUGAAACGAUUUUUAUGUCACUACGGAUGCCACACCCCGAAAAUGGAUCCAUUCAGGAAGAAAACUUUGCCGAAGGUCACACCGCAAUGAUUCGCUCAUUGAAAAAAACAACGAUACCAUUGGGGGUAAAAGAGUUACUGGAUCAUCCAAAAGCACAACAACCAGAUUUGACACGAUUUUGGUUAUUGACCGCAGCCCUGCGGCGUUUUGUCACUGUCCACGGAGUUCUGCCUGUACGAGGUAGUUUGCCUGAUAUGAUCAGUGAUUCGGAAAGCUAUGUUCUUUUAGUGGCAAAGUUUCGUGAUAAGGCUAAACAAGAUGCGAAGGAGGUGAUGAGUUAUCUUCAUGAAUUUCUUUCGGAGCAAGGUAUAUCAACUGAUAUCAUUAAAUUUUCUGAUUGCGAAUUUUUCUGCAAAAAGGCUGCCUUUCUACGAGUACAACAUGGAACGACUAUUGCUCAGGAAAUGAAGUCAUCGUUGGAGGAAGUGUUCAAUGACAUACGAAAUGCGGACUUGACGCCUAAUUCCGUGACAGGUGUUCCUGAAAUAUCACCAGCGGUAUGGUAUAUUUUAUUGCGAGCUAUUGAUAGGUUUCAUUCCGAAAAAUCGCGUUUCCCAGGAACAAAUGGUGUACCAUGCACUAUAGAUGCUUAUGAUCUUAAUGCAAGAGUAGUUGACUUAAUCACGGAGAUUAGAUUAGAGGAUAGAAGCGAAAUGCUGAAAAAAAUCCCGCAGAUAGCAAUCGAUGAAAUGUGUCGUUAUGGUGCUUCUGAAUUGCAUGUUAUCGCUUCGUUCAUUGGUGGUAUUACUGCACAAGAAGUGAUAAAAUUAAUUACACAUCAGUACAUACCGCUCGAUAAUACAUUUGUUUUUGAUGGCCAUACGCAGCGUGCUCAAACAUAUCGACUGUGA